AUGGACAGAUGGCAUGCUUUCUGGCCAGCAAGAUACAAUUUGCUAGAAAGCUACCCAGAAUCUUAUGCUUAUGGCAUAUCUGGGGAUAAAGACCUUGCAGAUGGUCACCAUUGCAAUAUUUGGUACAUUGAUUGAAAUGAGCAUGCCACACUACGCAUCAUCAGUAGCCAUUCAGAAGAAAUUACCUCAAUUGCUUGUCGAAGUUUUGUAGCUUCAGCAAUCAAACUAUCAGGAUUUGAAAUGAAGAAAUCUUUGAGCAAGGCAUCCAAUUCCUAUCUGCAAGCUACUAGUGUCUAUCAUUAG